GGGAGCUACCUCGAGGACCAGGACGCCUGGAAGCUCAGCGGCCUCAUCCGGGACGUCUACGCGUUGUACCCGCCCUCGGUGUCCGUCUUCGACGUCUCGUGGGAGCUCGCGGGCGACGGCGCCGUCGCCGUCGCCGUCGACGUCGCCGCCGUCGGGCGCGCCAUGGCGGGCCGGCUCCGCGUGGCGCUGCGCGCCGCGGGCGAGCUGCCCCUCGAGGCGUGUCGCGCCGCGGACCACGGCGGCGGUCCCGUCGUCGCGGAGCGGGAGGCGCCGCUCGUCGAAACGACGGCGGACGCGCGGCGCUGCUACGAGGACGACGACGCCGUCGAGGCGGCGUCGAGCGCCCAUGCCAUAACCCUGCGCUGCGACCGGCCGCUCAAGGUCUGGAGCCCCGAGCGGCCCUACGUCUACGUUUUGACCGUCGAGCUCCUCGACGACGCGCAGACGGUCCUCCAGGCCGAGGCCUGCUACGUCGCGCGGCGCGACGUGGCCAUCGGCGACGACGGCGUGCUGCGGCUCAACGGCGCGCGGCUGACCGUCGCCGGCGUGAACCGCCACGAGACGUGCCCGGUGCGCGGCGGCCCGCACGUGCGGCGCGACGACGCGGAAAACGACGCGGCGCUGCUCAAGGCGGGCCACUUCAACUGCGUGCGCCUGAGCCACUACCCGCAGGCGCCGGCCUUCUACGCGGCCUGCGACCGCUGCGGGCUCCUCGUCGUCGACGAGGCGAACGUCGAGACGCACGGGUGGGCGCCGUACCCGGGCGAGCUCGCGGAUUGCGCCCGGUGGCGCGAGGCGUACUUUCGGCGGGUCCAGCGCAUGGUGCUGCGGGACCGGAGCCACCCCUGCGUCUUCUGCUUCAGCCUGGGCAACGAGGCGGGCUACGGGGGCGCGCACGACGACCUCGCGGCGUGGCUCCGAUCCGCGGAGCCGGCGCGCCUCCCGCCGGGCCGCUACGACCGGUCGGGGGUCUCCCGGCGCCAAACGGCGACGGAUUUUCUGUGUCCCAUGUACGCGCGCGUCGACGAGUGCGCCGCGCUCCUGGACCGGGAUGCGCGCGUGUUGCAAAGGAAGCGGCCGCUCAUUCUGUGCGAGUACGCGCACGCCAUGGGCAACUCGGGCGGC